GGAGCGGCGCAGCCAGGGUUUUCUGUGUCAGCCAAGCCUGGAAUGCGGGGGCGCCUCUGGACCCUCCUCUUGGGUCUGGGGGCUGCCUCGGGCAUCCUCUACUCCUCUCCCACCUUCUGUCCUUCCCUAUCUCCCACCCACACGUGUGGGGCUCCGGACCCGCGCAGCGGCCAGAGCCGUCUGCUGUGGACCUCCAGUCCACCCCUCCCCUUCACUUCUCUUUCCAGCUCCCUCCGGGUCUCUCAGCCCCCUCCCCUUCCUCUCCGCCCCCUUCCCCGCAGUCCGCCCAGCGGUGGCCUUCGGCCCGCCCCUUCUCUCCAACCCCCUCCCUUUCCCCUUUACGCCCCUCCUCCCCCUCGUCCUCCCGCCCCCUCCCACCCCAACCUGCUGGGCCCGCCGGGACUCGCCCCCAUUCCCGCUCCUCUCCUCCAGCCCCGGUCGGCCUCGGCUCGGCCCCCGGCCCGCCUCUUCCAGCCCUCGGCACUUCCCGCCGGCCGCUUGGCUCCGCCACUCGGCACUCACUGCCGGGGCCGCCUGGACAGGGAGCUUCGCUGGCGCGCUUGGCCGGCGACAGGGCAGGUUCGGGACGUCCAUCUGUCCAUCUGUCCAUCCGUCCGGAGAGAAAUUACAGAUCCGCAGCCCCGGGAUGGGGCCGGCCCCGCUGCCGCUGCUGCUGGGCCUCUUCCUCCCCGCGCUCUGGAGUAGAGCUAUCACUGAGGCAAGGGAAGAAGCCAAGCCUUACCCGCUACUCCUGGGACCUUUUCCAGGGAGCCUGCAAACUGACCACACACCGCUGUUAUCCCUUCCUCACGCCAGUGGGUACCAGCCUGCCUUGAUGUUUUCACCAACCCAGCCUGGAAGACCACAUACAGGAAAUGUAGCCAUUCCCCAGAUGACCUCUGUCGAAUCAAAGCCCCUACCGCCUCUUGCCUUCAAACACACAGUUGGACACAUAAUACUUUCUGAACAUAAAGGUGUCAAAUUUAAUUGCUCAAUCAGUGUACCUAAUAUAUACCAGGACACCACAAUUUCUUGGUGGAAAGAUGGGAAGGAAUUGCUUGGGGCACAUCAUGCAAUUACACAGUUUUAUCCAGAUGAUGAAGUUACAGCAAUAAUCGCUUCCUUCAGCAUAACCAGUGUGCAGCGUUCAGACAAUGGGUCGUAUAUCUGUAAGAUGAAAGUAAACAAUGAAGAGAUCGUGUCUGAUCCCAUCUACAUCGAAGUACAAGGACUUCCUCACUUUACUAAGCAGCCUGAGAGCAUGAAUGUCACCAGAAACACAGCCUUCAACCUCACCUGUCAGGCUGUGGGCCCGCCUGAGCCCGUCAACAUUUUCUGGGUUCAAAACAGUAGCCGUGUUAACGAACAGCCUGAAAAAUCCCCCUCCGUGCUAACUGUUCCAGGCCUGACGGAGAUGGCGGUCUUCAGUUGUGAGGCCCACAAUGACAAAGGGCUGACCGUGUCCAAGGGAGUGCAGAUCAACAUCAAAGCAAUUCCCUCCCCACCAACUGAAGUCAGCAUCCGUAACAGCACUGCACACAGCAUUCUGAUCUCCUGGGUUCCUGGUUUUGAUGGAUACUCCCCGUUCAGGAAUUGCAGCAUUCAGGUCAAGGAAGCUGAUCCGCUGAGUAAUGGCUCAGUCAUGAUUUUUAACACCUCUGCCUCACCACAUCUGUACCAAAUCAAGCAGCUGCAAGCCCUGGCUAAUUACAGCAUUGGUGUUUCCUGCAUGAAUGAAAUAGGCUGGUCUGCAGUGAGCCCUUGGAUUCUAGCCAGCACGACUGAAGGAGCCCCAUCAGUAGCACCUUUAAAUGUCACUGUGUUUCUGAAUGAAUCUAGUGAUAAUGUGGACAUCAGAUGGAUGAAGCCUCCGACUAAGCAGCAGGAUGGAGAACUGGUGGGCUACCGGAUAUCCCACGUGUGGCAGAGUGCAGGGAUUUCCAAAGAGCUCUUGGAGGAAGUUGGCCAGAAUGGCAGCCGAGCUCGGAUCUCUGUUCAAGUCCACAAUGCUACGUGCACAGUGAGGAUUGCAGCCGUCACCAAAGGGGGAGUUGGGCCCUUCAGUGAUCCAGUGAAAAUAUUUAUCCCUGCACACGGUUGGGUAGAUUAUGCCCCCUCUUCAACUCCGGCGCCUGGCAACGCAGAUCCUGUGCUUAUCAUCUUUGGCUGCUUUUGUGGAUUUAUUUUGAUUGGGUUGGUUUUAUACAUCUCCUUGGCCAUCAGAAAAAGAGUCCAGGAGACAAAGUUUGGGAAUGCAUUCACAGAGGAGGAUUCUGAAUUAGUGGUGAAUUAUAUAGCAAAGAAAUCCUUCUGUCGGCGAGCCAUUGAACUUACCUUACAUAGCUUGGGAGUCAGUGAAGAACUACAAAAUAAACUAGAAGAUGUUGUGAUUGACAGGAAUCUUCUAAUUCUUGGAAAAAUUCUGGGUGAAGGAGAGUUUGGGUCUGUAAUGGAAGGAAAUCUUAAGCAGGAAGAUGGGACCUCUCUGAAAGUGGCAGUGAAGACCAUGAAGUUGGACAACUUUUCGCAGCGGGAGAUCGAGGAGUUUCUCAGUGAGGCAGCGUGCAUGAAAGACUUUAGCCACCCAAAUGUCAUUCGACUUCUAGGUGUGUGUAUAGAAAUGAGCUCUCAAGGCAUCCCAAAGCCCAUGGUAAUUUUACCCUUCAUGAAAUACGGGGACCUGCAUACGUACUUACUUUAUUCCCGAUUGGAGACAGGACCAAAGCAUAUUCCUCUGCAGACACUAUUGAAGUUCAUGGUGGAUAUUGCCCUGGGAAUGGAGUAUCUGAGCAACAGGAAUUUUCUUCAUCGAGAUUUAGCUGCUCGAAACUGCAUGUUGCGAGAUGACAUGACUGUCUGUGUUGCGGACUUCGGCCUCUCUAAGAAGAUUUACAGUGGCGAUUAUUACCGGCAAGGCCGCAUUGCUAAGAUGCCUGUUAAAUGGAUCGCCAUAGAAAGUCUUGCAGACCGAGUCUACACAAGUAAAAGUGAUGUGUGGGCAUUUGGUGUGACCAUGUGGGAAAUAGCUACGCGGGGAAUGACUCCCUAUCCUGGGGUCCAGAACCAUGAGAUGUAUGACUAUCUUCUCCAUGGCCACAGGCUGAAGCAGCCCGAAGACUGCCUGGAUGAACUGUAUGAAAUAAUGUACUCUUGCUGGAGAACCGAUCCCUUAGACCGCCCCACCUUUUCAGUAUUGAGGCUGCAGCUAGAAAAACUCUUAGAAAGUUUGCCUGACGUUCGGAACCAAGCAGACGUUAUUUACGUCAAUACACAGUUGCUGGAGAGCUCAGAGGGCCUGGCCCAGGGCUCCACCCUUGCUCCGCUGGACUUGAACAUCGACCCUGACUCUAUAAUUGCCUCCUGCACUCCCCGCGCUGCCAUCAGUGUGGUCACAGCAGAAAUUCAUGACAGCAAACCUCAUGAAGGACGGUACAUCCUGAAUGGGGGCAGUGAGGAAUGGGAAGAUCUGACUUCUGCCCCCUCUGCUGCAGUCACAGCUGAAAAGAACAGUGUUUUACCGGGGGAGAGACUUGUUAGGAAUGGGGUCUCCUGGUCCCAUUCGAGCAUGCUGCCCUUGGGAAGCUCAUUGCCCGAUGAACUUUUGUUUGCUGACGACUCCUCAGAAGGCUCAGAAGUCCUGAUGUGAGGAGAGGUGCGGGGAGACAUUCCAAAAAUCAAGCCAAUUCUUCUGCUGUAGGAGAAUCCAAUUGUACCUGAUGUUUUUGGUAUUUGUCUUCCUUACCAAGUGAACUCCAUGUCCUCAAAGCACCAGAUGAAUGUUGUUAAGUAAGCUGUCAUUAAAAAUACAUAAUAUAUAUUUAUUUAAAGAGAAAAAAUAUGUGUAUAUCAUGGAAAAAGACAAGGAUAUUUUAAUAAAACAUUACUUAUUUCAUUUCACUUAUCUUGCAUAUCUUAAAAUUAAGCUUCAGCUGCUCCUUGAUAUUAACAUUUGUACAGAGUUGAAGUUGUUUUUUCAAGUUCUUUUCUUUUUCAUGAUUAUUAAAUGUAAAAAUAUUUGUAAAAUGAAAUGCCAUAUUUGACUUGGCUUCUGGUCUUGAUGUACUUGAUAAGAAUGAUUCAUUCAAUGUUUAAAGUUUUAUAACUGAUUAAUUUUCUGAUAUGGCUUCCUAAUAAAAUAUGAAUAAGGAAGGAUAUGUUGAACUUACUUGAGACUUGAAAGACAGUGGUUGGCAGCGGCCUUGUGGCCUUUGCAAAGGAAUUCCCUUAAUGCCUGGUCCUUGGGGCAAUUGCUCUGACCAUUCUUGGCAUUGCUUUAUAGAGAUAUGGAAAAACCACACCAGGGUCUGUAGAUAAGGAAUAAAGAAUAUUAAAGGAUUGAAAAAUACUAUGUGAAUGGAAAGAUUUAAAAUCAGCUGAAGAAGAGAAUCUGGCAGGUGAAGCACUUUUCUGUUUGGGAGGCGUAGCUCAUGGGAGGUAGGCAUGGGCAGUGGGGCAGGGCAUAGCUGAGCUCACGUUCUGCCUCUGCCACUUCAUAAUAGCCAUCAUUUGUAGAGUACUUGUUUCAGGAACUUUAUGUGAACCAUCUUAUUUAAUCUGUAUGUCAUUAUAAGAUGGUACAAAUGCCAUCAUCAUGUAUGAGCCAAGAAAUCCAGGCUUAGAGAGACUGAGUAACCUGCUUGUAGCCUACAUCUAAACAGUGGGGGAGCCAGAAUUUAGAACAUCUGAUUCUGGCUAGUUCUAUGCAUGUGAUUUGGGGGUUAUAUUAGUCCAUUCUUGUAUUGCUAUAAAGAAAUACUUGGGACUGUGUAAUUUAUAAAGAAGUUUAAUUGGCUCACAAUUCUGCAGGUUAUAUAGGAGGCACAGUGCUGGCAUCUGCUCAGCUUCUGGGGAGGCCUCAGGAAGCUUGCCAUCAUGGCAGAAGGCAAAAGGGGAGCAGAUGUCUCACAUGCAGGAGCAGGAGCAAGAGGGAGAGGGGAGGUACUACACACUUUUCAACAACCAGAUCUCACAAGAACUCACUCAGUAUCACGAGAACAGCACCAAGGGGCUGAUGCCAAAUCAUUCAUGAGAAAUCCACCCCCAUGAUCCAGUCACCUCCCUGCAGACCCCACCUUCAACACUGGAGAUUACAACUGAACAAGAAGUUUGGGUGGGGACACAGAUCAAAACCAUAUUAGAAAUCUACUCCAGAGCUUCUCAACAUUUUUACUUUAUUUAAUAAACAUGUAUCACUUACUCUGUGCCAGGCAUGGCACCCAUUUAAUUUUCAUAACAACACUACCAGAUAGGUACUACUAUUAUCUCCACUUCACAGAUGGGCAGACUGAGGCAGGAAGAGGCUAACUUAUGCUGCUAGUAAGGGCAGCAGAAUGAUGCAGUCAGUUGAAUUGUUGAUUUCCCAGCCUUCGGGGCAGCUGAGCAGGCCCAGAGCCACUGGCAUCUUCAGGCCUGUUUACUCCCCACCAGUGAGCAGCCUCGCCUAGGCCUCUCCCACAGCCUUCAAGAAUCAGAAUCUACAUGGGGUCCAACAGUGUGGCUCUCACCCAGGUUCUGGUCCCAGCUGCCCACCCAGGCACCCAAUCUCCAGGGUGAGCCAGCUCCUCUGUUACUGUGAAAUGCUCCAUAUGAAAAAGUUCUGGCCAGAUGUGGGGAUUCACAACUGUAAUCCCAACACUUCAGGAGGCAAGGCAGGAGGAUCACUUGAGCUCAGGAGUUCAAGACCAGCCUGGACAACAUAGUGAGACCCUAUAUCUACAAGAAAAAAUUAGCCAGAAAUGGUGGUGUGUGCCUGUAGUCCUAGCUACUCUGGAGGCUGAGGCAGGAGGAUCACUUGAGCCCAGGAGUUUGAGGUUACAAUGAGCUGUGAUUGUGCCACUGCACUCUAGCCUGGGUGACAGAGGGAGACUGUGUCUCUAAAAAUUAAAAAAAAAAGUUCUGAGGGUUUGAAAAGAAUCUGUAAAAUGCCACCAUUACAUUUUAUUCGUGAAAGAAAAAAAGCUGUA